GCUGGAAGGAGCCGCCGGUGCCACCAGAGCUCCCUCGGGCUCUCCUGCAGCCAGGCCUGGUGAACAGCAGCCUGACAGACGUGCUCCAGGAAAACCCACCAACGCCAGAGCUUUAUGUUCAAAAAGGACACAGAAGGGUCCUGCAACUUUAUUCGAAUAAAAGGAGAGAGUGCACCACCAGAGGGGCGGGCCGCUCCCUGUCGCAGGGCACCGCUAAUGCCCGCACAGCGCUGCUCCAGCCGAGCGCAGCCUCCAGAGGCAGAGCUUCCCCCGCCCGGUGCCAGGAGAGCCGGGGUGCCCAGGAGGGGCGGAGACAGGGCGAUUGGCCCGGAACCGGCAGGAGGAGGAGAGCGCUGGCCAUGGCGGCGCCCGGCGCGCUGCAGCGGAGCGUGGUGUCCCCCGCGGGCAGGCACACCGCCUCCCUCAUCUUCCUGCACGGCUCAGGUGAUAGUGGCCAAGGAGCAAGAGCAUGGAUAAAGCAAAUUUUGAAUCAAGACAUGGCAUUCCAACAUAUAAAAGUAAUUUACCCAACAGCUCCUGCCAGGCCAUAUACACCUAUGAAAGGAGCCUUUUCCAAUGUGUGGUUUGACAGGUAUAAGAUCUGUAAUGACUGUCCUGAACAUAUUGAAAGCAUUGAUUCCAUGUGCCAGGGCCUUACAGACCUGAUCAAUGAUGAGGUUAAGAACGGCAUUGCCAAGAACAGGAUACUCAUAGGAGGCUUUUCAAUGGGAGGUGGAAUGGCAAUGCAUUUGGCAUAUAGAUUUCAUCAGGAUCUGGCAGGAGUCUUUGCCUUGUCUAGUUUUCUCAAUAAAGACUCUGCUGUUUACCAGGCCUUGAAAAGAAAUGAAAGUGCUCUUCCAGAAUUAUUUCAGUGCCAUGGAACUGCUGAUGAACUAGUUCUGUACUCAUGGGGUGAAGAGACCAACAAGAUGUUAAAGUCUCUGGGAGUAUCAGCAUCACUUCAUACUUUUCCAAACCUCAAUCAUGAGCUGAACAGAACUGAAAUAGAAAAAUUAAAAUCCUGGAUUGUAAAGAAAUUGCCUGUUGAAGCACCAAAGGCAAAUGAAUAAACAAAGAUCCAGCCUCA